GGCUAGAGGGGUUCAGCUUGUUCCCAGCCCAGGAGGGUGCCUUGCUUUUGUUUUUCUUCUGAAUUGGAUAUACUUUCCUCACCCCCAAAUACUCUUAAUGCAUUAUGGAAAUUAUAAAAAUCAGAGAACCAAAGGGGGAGAAAGCAGUAUCCUAUAUUUCUUCUACAUCAAAAAACAAACAAAAAAAAAAAACAACACACACUGCCAUUCCAAUUUGCACUUGUCUUUCUGGAGGUCUUCUAAAAUAUAAUGAAAGACCAUCAAGAUUGGGCUGUUUGCUGCGGGGGAUUAAACCCAGAAUUUGGGGUAUAUGAGGCAAAGGCUCCACCACUUAGCUAUGUCUUCAGCCCCCUCCAUCAUCAGCUUUUUUAAAAAUGACAUUUCUGUUCUGCUUUCUGUUUGUUUAAGACGGAGUCUCUCUUUGUAGGCUUGGCUGGUCUAGAACUCACUAAAUAGACCAGGCUGGCCUUGAACUCAGAGACCUACCUGCCUCUGCCUUCCCAAUGAUGAGAUUAAAAGGUGCACACAAAUCCUGUCUUGCCUAAAUUAUAUUUAAGAAAAUUAUUUUCUGUAGCUGGGUGUGGUGGCGUUCACCUGUAAUCCCAGCACUCUGGGAGGUAGAAGCAAGUGUGAGUUGGAGGCCAGCCUGGUCUACAAAGUGAGUCCAGGGAUACACAGAGAAACCCCGUCUCAAAAAACCAAAGGGGAAAAAAAAUAUUGUGUGUAUAGGGGUGUGCCAUGGUGCAUCAAGUCAGGGGAGGGCUUUUGAGAGUCGGUUCUCUCCUUCCACAUGUGAGCCUUAGAGAUGGACUCGGGUCACUAGGCUUGGUAGCAGGUGCAUUUGCCUGCUGGCUGUCUCAAAAGCCUCACCGUCAGCUUUUAAAGAAGGUAACAAAUGUGGGUCUGGGUUGCGUGGCCAUCUAGCUUUCUGGGAUCUACUGGCUUCUGCACCCUCCUUCCCCCUUCCCUGGAAUUGUCCGGCGCGUGUCAGGGUUCAUAAGACCAGGCCGCCAACCUCUCCAGGCUCAGAGAUGCCUUUGCUUGUGCCCGUGAGUUCCCUCUAUAGAGGUGAAUUCCUCCAGACUUCCGUCCCCUCCGCCUGUCUUCCGUGCUGCGCGAGUCAGCAAUGGCUGGAGAGCGUCAUUCCCCAGGCCUUCCUCCAGCUCAUAAGUGCCUUUGUGGAAAUUAAUAAAAGAUGAGGCCUGUGUGGAGGUAGCUCCAUGUCGGGGGCACAUGGCCUGUGAGCGGAGAAGCCUGGGUUUCAGCCCCCAAUCCCACAUCAUCCAUUAUGGAAGGGUACAGUACAGCCUGUGAGGAUGACAGGUCGGGCUCCGCCUGACCGCCUUGCAAAUUUUUAACUCCCCUUCAAACACCUGUCCUGUGGCAGUGUGGUAGGAGGGAAUUGGGACAGGUCCGCUAAUGAUUACCCCACCUCCCAAGUUUUCCUUUGCAAAGCAGGUCAACCUGGGUAGAGGGGCAGUAACGGAUGGGCUAACUGCCAGGGCUGCGUGGGAUGGAUAAGGACACUGAGCACCAGAGAAGGAACUUGGCUAGAAGUCAGGAGGCAGGACCCAAGAUCUCCCAGUCCUAGUCCUGCAGCAGCCCUCUCCCCGGGAAAGGCUCGUGCUGUUGGGAGUGACAGGUGGCUGGAACUAUCACAGAUUCUAUUUAACUCUGUCAUGUGUUUCUGCUGGUGUGACCUGUCAUUGGUCUGCCAAUCCUGGGCAGUGGUGGGAAGGACUUGGUCCUGGUGCCGAAGACCUGGAUAUGUGUAACUAGCCUAUAGCCUGUAGGCUUCGAAGAGAAGACCUCCAAGCUCCCUCUGCAGCUUUGGAAGGCAUGGCAGAAAAGCCCUGCCUGGCCUUAGGGACCACCAUGACUGAAGUUGGUUGGUGGAAACUGACCUUCCUGCGAAAGAAGAAAUCCACGCCCAAAGUGCUCUACGAAAUCCCUGACACCUACGCCCAAACGGAGGGAGGAGCAGAGCCCGCGGGACACGACGGCGGAGACCCCCACAGCGACUUCAGCAGCCGCCUGGAGAAGAUUGUGGACAAGAACACCAAAGGCAAGCAUGUCAAGGUCUCCAACUCUGGCCGCUUCAAAGAGAAGAAAAAAGUCCGAGCCAUGUUGGCGGAGAACCCCAGCCUCUUUGAUGACAGGGAGGACAAAGGACAAUGAAGGCAGCCGAGGAGGACACUAGCACCUCCCUGUUCCCUGCCACUCGUGGGGUCUGAGGCAGGAGCUUGUCACGCUGGCCUCUUUGGUCAUAGCUAAAACCACGGUGGCGGUUGAUCCCUGCUGGCAGGAACACCUGGUUCUUAGGUUUGUAUUUAUGUGCCCCAGCUUUACGAAGGGCCUGUGAGACCCCAAGGGUCCUCUCCCCAUGAUCGCAUAGAGACGCUCUGGUCCACCAUGAAAAUUGUCACCUAGAAGUACAGCCAUCCUUGGCACAGUGGCUUCACAGAGAACAGACAGGGAACAGGGCAGACUCCACCCUCUCCCUGGCACAGGGUUAAAGGUGAAUUUGAAUUGCUGCUCUCUCUACUUUCUCUACCUGUGACUGUUCCCUGGACCAAUCCUAGAAAGGCAGGGUUGCGAGGAAGCCAGGUGACAGUGGUUUCUUUGGUGCCAGAGGCGGAGUGCUGAACUUGAGAUCACCUCUUAGUUCAAGGAGUAAACUUCCUGGAACUUUGCUCCCAAGAGCGGAGGGGCGAAGGAUGUGGCGCUCCCUAGGGGGCUACAGAAGGCAGACGGAGAAUCCUCCUGAGCCCUCGCCUUGACCACCACUUGUGUAGGUGCCGAGUGACACACCCCAGUCCAAGGGUCCAAAGUGGAGGAGUGACGGCUUUCCUCCAUGCCUUCCCUGGUAGUAUUUGAGACGGAUCAGCCCCAGGAGUCAAUCCCGGAGCCCUGAAUUUGGUUUGAAAAGUUAUGGUAGGUUUUACUUAGGAAUAAACAGUGCCGCAGAAACAAA